ACACCUACCUCCCCUAUCCAAUUGUGUACAUGUAACCGGCCCCAUUUAAAAACAUUCAAACUUGAUCACCUAAAACACCACCCAUACACACCGCCACUGCACUAAUCGCCGGCGUCUUCGAGCCCGCUCCUAUUAACAUCAAAUUAAAGUGCCUGCACAAAUUUUUUAAUUAUAAUUUCUAUUUAUUUUUUGUUACUUGAAUUUUAAUUACUCGAUUGCGAUGGCGGCUCCUUCGAGGAAGCCAUGGCUAUCGCCGGCGCCGACCUAUCAAACUUUCGAGUCGUUUUGGGACUCCGACGAAGACGCUCCUGGUCCGCGGUGCGCUCAUACUCUCACUGCCAUUGCUCCGACAAAAUCGCACGGUCCUCGUCUUAUUCUAUUCGGCGGCACUACUGCAAUUGAAGGCGGCGGCGGCUUCGGAAUCAGGUUGGCUGGUGUUACUAAUUCGGUUCAUUGCUAUGACGUUCUCUCUAGAAAAUGGACCAGAAUUAAACCAUCUGGUGAGCCUCCUUCACCUAGGGCAGCACACACAGCUGCUGCUGUUGGUACUAUGGUUGGCUUUCAGGGUGGAAUUGGUCCUUCCGGUCAUUCAACUGAUGAUCUUUAUGUUCUUGACAUGACAAAUGACAAAUACAAAUGGCAUAGAAUUGUUGUUCAAGGAGAAGGUCCUGGUCCUAGAUACGGUCAUGUAAUGGACUUGGUUGCUCAGAGAUAUCUUGUUACUGUUAGCGGUAGUGACGGAAAAAGAGUGCUGUCAGAUGCCUGGGCCUUGGAUACUGCUCAGAAACCAUAUGCAUGGCAGAAGCUCAGUCCAGUGGGCAAUACACCUUCGGCUAGGAUUUAUGCAACAGCCAGUUCUCGCUCGGAUGGUAUGCUUUUGCUUUGUGGGGGAAGAGACAUAACAGGCACGCCACUAUCUGACGCUUAUGGACUGCGCAUUAAUAGAAAUGGCCAGUGGGAAUGGACUCUUGCACCUGGCGUGUCUCCUUCUUCAAGAUAUCAGCAUGCUGCUGUCUUUGUGGGCGCUAGAUUGCAUGUUACUGGAGGUUCUGUAAGGGGAGGGCGUGGAGUUCAAGGUGAAGCAGCUGUUGCAGUACUUGAUACUGCUGCCGGAGUUUGGUUGGAUAGAAAUGGACUGGUAACAUCUUCACAGCCCAGCAAGGGGCAGGCUGAGCCAGAUCCUUCUUUAGAACUCUUACGUCGCUGUCGCCAUGCUGCUGCAUCUGUUGAUACUCAAGUAUAUGUUUAUGGUGGACUCAGAGGAGAUGUGGUGUUAGAUGAUUUUCUAGUUGCAGAGGACUCACCAGCUCAUUCUGAAUUUAAUUCUCCGGCUUCAAUUUCGGAGAGGGCCUCAAAUAGGAAUCUAGAUAGCUCCCUGUCUUCUAGUGGUUCAAGCAUGGAUAAAAGUUCUAUGACGAAACUGGCCGAGGCUUCUGCUGCAGAAGCCAAUGUUGCUAAUGCCAUGUGGCAAGCUGCACAAUCUUCAUUAAAUAGUCCUGAAGAAACAAGUGUGUCAGCUAACAACUCACAAGCUGACAAGACCACGUCAGAUUUUAGUGAUACAGAAGCAGAUGUGCGCCUGCACCCUAGAGCUGUGGUGGUUGCCAAAGAGACUGUAGGAAGUCUAGGUGGGAUGGUAAGGCAGUUAUCUUUGGAGCACUUUGAGAAUGAAAGUAGGCGGAUUGUUCCGUUGAAUAAUGAUCUAUCGCAGCCUACAAAAAAGUUUACGAGGCAGAAAUCUCCUCAAGGUCUGCAUAAAAAGGUCAUAUCUACAUUGCUUAGGCCUCAAAAUUGGAAACCUCCUGUUGAUAGGAGGUUUUUUCUAGAUGCUUAUGAAGUGGGCGAGCUUUGUUAUGCGGCUGAACAAAUUUUUAUGCAUGAGCCUACAGUUCUUAAAUUAAAAGCUCCCAUCAAAUUGUUUGGUGACCUUCAUGGCCAAUUUGGGGAUCUGAUGCGAUUAUUUGAUGAAUAUGGAAGUCCUUCUACCGCAGAUGAUAUAACUUACAUUGAUUAUUUGUUUCUUGGGGAUUAUGUUGAUCGAGGACAACACAGCUUGGAGACUAUCACUCUGCUCCUUGCAUUAAAGAUCGAGUAUCCUGAGAAUGUUCACUUAAUACGAGGGAAUCACGAGGCUUCGGAUAUAAAUGCACUUUUUGGUUUCCGUCUGGAAUGCAUCGAGAGAAUGGGUGAACGUGAUGGAAUUUGGGCAUGGACGCGAUUCAAUCAGCUUUUUAACUAUCUUCCACUUGCAGCCCUUAUUGAGAAGAAGAUCAUAUGUAUGCAUGGAGGCAUAGGGAGAUCAAUACAUUCAGUAGAACAGAUAGAGAACCUAAAGAGACCCAUAACCAUGGAUGCCGGAUCUCUAAUCUUAAUGGAUUUGUUGUGGUCUGAUCCCACAGAAAAUGAUAGUGUUGAAGGCUUGAGACCCAACCCCAGGGGGCCUGGCCUCGUCACAUUUGGGCCUGAUAGGGUCACAGAAUUCUGUAAGAGGAACAAGUUACAGCUAAUAAUAAGAGCCCAUGAAUGUGUAAUGGAUGGGUUUGAACGGUUUGCUCAGGGACAGUUGAUCACUCUAUUCUCAGCUACAAACUAUUGUGGCACCGCCAACAAUGCUGGAGCUAUACUGGUAGUUGGUAGAGGAUUAAUGAUUGUGCCUAAAUUGAUUCAUCCCUUGCCACCUUCCAUGCACUCACCAGAGACAUCUCCAGAAAGGGGGACGGAUGACACAUGGAUGCAGGAAUUAAACAUUCAAAGACCGCCAACUCCUACCAGAGGGCGUCCCCAGCCUAACCUUGAUCGGGAUUCACUUGCAUAUAUUUAAAAUUGUUCAAUCCUUUUCAACAGUUUUUAUGUGAAAUUUCUUGUCCUGUAUUUGCACUAUAGUUCCUUUUUACUGUCAACCAGAAGGAUUUAUCGCCUUGAACUACAUGCAUCCUUUCUGAUUUUGAGGGUCAAGUCGAGAGAAGUUUUUAUGUAUAUAAGGGGAGUGUAAAGAUGUGUCACAGGGAACCAACAGAGCCAUUAGAGGUGUAUGGUGACUAUUAUUUGUCGUACUGCUUACAUAUUAUUACUUGUAUGUAUAACAUGCCAGCGAAAGUGAUGGCUAGGGAAGUAAGUAUUAGUUUAGAUAUGGUCUGUAGUUGGGUACCCCUUGGGUUGUGUAUUGUAAUUUAUGUAUUGAUCGAUUAAAUUGAUUAAUUAAA